AUGGGAAGAAAGAAAAUUCAGAUUUCUCGUAUUCUCGACCAGAGGAACCGACAGGUGACCUUCACCAAACGCAAGUUCGGCCUGAUGAAGAAGGCCUACGAGCUGAGCGUGCUCUGUGACUGUGAGAUUGCCCUCAUCAUCUUCAACAGCACCAACCGCCUGUUCCAGUACGCCAGCACCGACAUGGACAAAGUCCUGCUCAAGUACACCGAGUACAGCGAGCCGCACGAGAGCCGCACCAACACAGACAUCCUGGAGACCUUGCGCAGGAAAGGCCUCGGCCUGGACGGCUCGGAGCUGGAGAGCGAGGAGAGCGCGCAGGCGUCCGCCGACAAAUGCCUCCUGGGCGAGGGAAUGGACCUCUCUGUGGCCCGCCAGCGUUUCUACGGUCCUUCGCUGCUCUCGCAGGACGCGCAGUUCCUGGUGUCUGCGGGUUGUGAGAACGGUUUCCCCAACUCCUCAGCAUCCAGCAUGGCCUCCCACAGACCCCCCGGAUUUAAACCUCUGAGCUCAAGGCCGGGCUCAGCCAGCCCCGCUGGGCCACAUGCACACCCUGCAUUCAUGUCGCCGCAUGCAGGUAUCGGCUACUCUGUGUUCUCCCACGGCAAUCUGAACCGAGCUCUGGACAUGAAAACCCCCCCUCCUCUGAGCCUGGGCACUGAGAACCAUCGGGCAGAGGCUGUUAAUCAGGCCAUGGGGGGCGCGCGAGCAAACCACAACGCUGCCCGGGGCCUCUUGUACCAGGGCCUGCACAGCAGCAGCUCCAUGGUGGCCAUGGGCAAGGCAGGGUUCCUGAGUCACAGUCUGGGAGGCUAUGGCCUUCCCUCCCCAGGAGCCUCUGAGUACAGCCAGCCGGGGUUUUAUCACUCCGUGAGUUUACAGCGAGGGACGGCAAACCCCUGGCAACCAACACACCCACACCAGGAGCCCCAUGGAGCCCAUAUCAACUCAGGGAUGUCCAGUGGGGGGUGCUCUUUCCCCUCUCAGUCUUGCUCCUCAAACUCUCCCCACCUGCCCUCCCUCAACCUCAGCAUCAAAUCGGAGCGGAGCUCUCCGGAGCACAUGCCCUCCCCCUCCUCCCCUCCCCUCCACCACCUCAGCAGGAAUUCUCCAAUGAGCAACCCGGAUUCGGCCCACCGCACCCCGCCGGGGGGCCAGUCGUCCGGCGGGGCCAAGGAGUUCCUCAAGGCCAGCUACCCGCCGGACGAGGAGGCAGGGGGGCAGCCGCUCAGGCCGCUGGAGAUGACCGACGGCUGGCAGAGAUAGCCGGACGUCCGCCAGCUUCUACCGGUCAGCGGCGACCCCCAAAGCCCCCCCCCCCCCAUCCCAGAGCCAGACGCCCCUCUCUGUCCCCUCACAGAGCCGGUCAGUCAGAGAAGUCUCCUCUGCUUCACUGGUUUUCGCCCGUGAGGAGGCCCGAUGAGGAGACUGAUGAAUACAGACCUUCCCUUUGUUUAGUUUUUUGUUAGAUUUAGUUUUUACUGUGUGUUGAAGCGAAAUACAAUCUAAAAAAAAAAGAAAGAAGUUUGUUUUGUUCUGUGACUUUGUUGGAGUUAUCUACGGCAGGGCAGAGGGACCAACUCAGUUUGUGUAAAAAAAAAACAUCUGCAAGCUUUAAGAGGUAUGAAUAUAUAAAAGCAUACGAUGCUGUAAUAAGCCAUAUAGUAGUCAGCUGUCCCUGUUGGUUUAGUCAAAUUUAUCUGGUCAGUGAAAACGAGACAAUUCUCAUCAUUUUUCAGGUCUGUUUUAUGAAAAACUUUCUUAAUCCCUGUAAUUUUCUCCUUCUUUGUAUAAAAGUCUUAGCUGAAUUCUAACAAGAUCUUUCGGGGUAUUAAAUCCACUGUCUUUAUUGUAUCUGGAGAGAAGAUCCACAUUGAAAUGAACAUAUGGAGUCAUCAAUAAGAAAAAUGCAUUUGGAAGUAUAUUUACUUUCUAAAUUGUUCGGAUUUUUCCAGGAUGUUUGCUGGACUUGUUUAACGUAUUAAGUUAAUUCUGGUGGGAGAUGUGUCAUAAAAUCCUUUUGAGGGCAAAAAUGAAGGCUCAUACACAGAAUGUCUGUAUAAGAAACAGUGUGCCAUAAUGCAAACCAACAGUUCAGAGACAAUUUCAAAUAUUUUUUAUUUGGUA